AUGGAAUCAGCGACUCCUAAUCGCCUUGAGACUCGGGCUUCUAAAGAGACUUCCCGAAGCCCCCAGCAAGCCGCAAAGUCAUCGUGGAGACAGCUCUUUGUUUUCACCAAGAGAGCCCAUGUACUUCCCUUGGCCAGCGCCCUGACUGCCUCCGCCAUCUCGGCUGGUUUCAAGACCAUUCUGGCCAUCAUCCUGGGAAAGGUCUUUGACAUAAUCGCCGGCUUCGGAAACGGAACCCUCGACGGCCAUGAGGCUUUGUCCAGGAUCUCCAGGUGGUCCCUUAUCCUGCUUGGUCUAGGGAUGGGCUACUGGCUGGCGAACUCGGCAUUCCUAGCUCUUUGGGUAGUCUUUGGCGAGUUGCAGGCUAACAGUGUUCGACGCGACCUCUUCGAGAACUUCCUUUCCAGAGAUAUGGCUUGGUUUGACUCACAGUCCGAGGGCAUAUCCAGUCUUCUCGUCAGAGUCCAGACACAAACCAGAGAACUACAGCUCGCAACAUCCCAAGUUCUCGGCCUACUAGUGUGUGAUGUCAUAACCUCCUUCGCCUCCCUCGGUAUCGCGCUCUACUACUCGUGGAAACUCACCUUAGUACUUCUCGCCAUCUUGCCAAUAUCGGUGGUUGUUCUAUCAUUAGCUACUCGGCGGUUGGAACCCGCCAUCCAAGCACAAAAACGAUAUCUAGCUAUUGCUUCAAAGCACGCUGUGGCGUCAAUUACCGCCAUAGACCUCGUCAAGGUCUUCAAGGGAUACGACCAGGACGUUUGGCAAUACUCAACCGCCGUCACGGCUGCAGCAAAGCCUUACCUCGUCCAGGCGCAGUGCAAUUCUACACAAAUGGGAUACAUCAGCUUCAGUGGAAUUGCCAUGUUCGUUGUCGGCUUUUGGUACGGCGUGAUCCUGGUCAACGGAGGGCUCGCGCCUGGCCAUGUCCUCGCCACCUUCUAUGCAACCUUGGCUUCGUUCCAGGCAAUCGAAGCUCUCAUGCCGCAAUGGUUGGUCAUUGCAAAAGGCAUGUCGGCAGGAGGGUUUUUAGCUGCAAUGGUCUCGAAUUACAAACAAGGGCACGGAGCCAAAGCAAUGACGGGCUCACUGAGGCCAGACGGAUGUGCUGGCGACAUUGAACUGACCAAUGUUAGUUUUGCAUAUCCUUCAAACCCAGAGACAAGGGUACUGAAUACUUCGUCCUUUUUCUUCCCCGCUGGCGAGUUGACCUUCAUUGUCGGCCGAAGCGGAUCUGGUAAGAGCACUCUUGGAAACCUCAUGGUCGGGUUUUACGAAGCCGUUACUGGCGAGAUCCAAAUAGAUAAUCAACCCUUGCGAGUUUUGGAUAAGCACUGGCUUCGGGAAAACGUCACAUUGAUCCAGCAGUCCAGCAUUCUGUUCAACGACAGCUUGUUCAAAAACAUUGCCUUUGGUCACCUCGCUCCAGAACAAGCAACACAGUCAGAAGUGAAAGCCGCCUGCGAUGCCGUGUUGUUACAGUCCACCCUCACAGCACUUCCAAGUGGCCUAGAAACCAAUGUCGGCUUAGGGGGUUACAAUUUGAGUGGCGGCCAGAAGCAAAGAGUGGCACUGGCACGAGCUCGGCUCAGGGACCCUCCAAUACUCAUUCUCGACGAGGUUACGAGUGGCUUGGAUCAAGUCAGCCGGGAUUUGAUCAUGGAGGCGAUUCGAGACUGGAGGCGUGGGAAGACCACCAUCAUUAUUACUCACGACGUUUCCCAGAUUGGAGACGACGACUUUGUGUACGUCAUGGACAACGCAUCCCUGGUGGAGGAAGGCUUCAAACGCGAUCUAGUUCGCGGCAGUGUCGGUGCAUUUGAUACACUUGCAUCCACCGACCAAAACGACCUUCAUGAUAGCCCGAUUGGGAUCAAUGUCACUUCUCCCGACGGCCCCAGCCCUCACUCUCUGGUCACGAUUCCUCCUUCGGCAAGAGGUUCGCGUGUUUCCAGAGUCUUCAUGGAGGAACUCGAAGGACUACAACGGAACUCGCUGCUCGUACCUGGAACUGGCAUGUCCCGGAGAAUCUCAUGGGGCGCAAGUACCACGGCAGCGUUGAGAAUGAGAACAGAGCAGAUAUGGGAAUCGGAUAUGCCUAUAGAACGACCAAGGUCGGGGAUAAGAAGCCCGCCACCACUGCAUGAAAGACCCAUAAUGCCACAAUACUCGCGUGGUAUCACUGAGAUUCCGGAAAUAAGAGUGAGCGGCUCAACAGAGGAGACUGGCUACAUAUUUGGGGGAGCUGACCGCCGAGGAAACAUAUCGAGUCUACGACUGGCACGAUAUGAUGAAAAGACGGCUUCGAACACAACCAGAGACACGUCAAAAGAGACACCGAAUGACAUCUCGCAGCCGACUUCGUUGGUAGCCAUCCUCAAGACGGUGUGGCCGGCUCUUGGGCCUCGCCAUCGCCUCAUCCUCGUGCUUGGGAUACUCACCUGCACCGUGGGAGCAGGUGCUAUCCCUACGUUUGCGUACUGCUUCGCUCAGCUUCUCGGAGUAAUGUGGUCACCUGGAGACAAGCUGGCCGAGGGAAAGAAAUGGGCCAUCUACCUCUUUGUGGUGGCGGUUGUCGACGGCGCCUGCACUGGUGGCGGCCGGUAUCAACUCGAAGUCGUUGGCCAGGCUUGGAUCAACACCAUCCGCGUCCAAGCCCUGAAGAAGAUCUUGCGACAGCCCAAGUCGUGGUUUGACCAGGCGCAAAACUCGCCUGGCCGCAUCAACGAGUGCCUUGAUCGCAACGCUGAGGAGAUGCGCAACAUCGUCGGGAGGUUUGUCCCCAUUGUCAUCGUUGUCACUGUCAUGACCUUGGUGGCCGUCACCUGGGCCCUCGUGGUCUCUUGGAAACUCACCCUGGUCGCGAUGGCACUGGCACCCGUGGUGAUGGGCGCAGUCAAGGGCUUCUCUGUCGUCAGCGGGAAGUGGGAGGCAACUUGCAACAAGGGCGCCGAGGAAUCCAGCGCUACCCUCACCGAGAUCUUUCUCAACAUCCGGGUAGUGAGAGCCUUCACUUUGGAGGGCCACUUCCGUGCCAAGUAUAAUCAGUCUGUCUCGCAUACCUUCAGCCUCGGGAUGCGGAGGGCAGUGUUCAUCAGCGGGCCCUAUGGGCUGUAUCAGUCGCUCAACUACCCUCUGACGGCGCUGGUCUUCUACUACGGCACGGUUCUCCUUGCGUCGGAUAAGAACAUUACAGCUACAGCCGUGGUUCAGGUUGUGAAUCUGCUCCUGUUUAGCGUCGGGACUGCCACCGGUUUCUUGAGCGCGAUGCCACAGGUCACCAUGGCUCAAGUAACGGCCUCACAGAUUCUGGCGUAUGCCAACAUGUCGCCGAAGCCGUCUUCCAAAGCCUUUGGUACUAAGACGCCCACGACAACGCUUCCUGUUCGGCUGCACGAGCUUAGCUUCUCGUAUAAAGCGGACGGAGAUCGCCCGGUGUUGCGAGGAGUGUCGUUUGAAGUCCACCCAGGGACAUUUUUGGCCAUCGUGGGCCGCUCUGGGUGUGGUAAGUCGACUGUCAUGUCGCUACUGCUGGGCCUCUACUCGCCUUCGGCGCGUUCGAUGCUCAGCAGGGCCUCGCCUUUGACGUUUGCUGGUAUUCCAUCCAGUGAAAUCGACAUGGAGCAUCUCAGGUCUAUGAUGGCGUAUGUGCCGCAGACGCCAUUCCUAUUCCCGGCGACUAUUGCAGAAAACAUUUCCUACGGCAUUGGCGAAAGCUCAUCGUUACGACGAAUCGACAGCAUCGUGGCGGCCGCCCAAGCUGCAGGUCUGCACGAGUUUAUCGUGUCUUUACCAGAAGGAUACAACACACUUGUCGGCGACGGCGGCCAGGUGCUCUCAGGGGGGCAGGCGCAGCGACUGAGUAUUGCACGGGCACUCGCGCGGAAGCCCUCGUUGUUAGUCCUCGACGAGCCUACGAGCGCUCUCGACGCAGAGAGCUCCGAGACGAUCCGGAAGACGAUUCAGGAGCUAGCAGACCGGGCCAAGCAAUCUCGGGGCGGCAUGGCCAUCGUCGUCGUCACGCAUAGUCGCGAGAUGAUGGCCGUGGCGGACCGGGUCGUGGUGCUCGAAGACGGGGCGAAGGUGGAAGAGGGAACGUAUCACGGUCUGCUACAGAAGAACGGGAGGUUUGCGGACCUUGUCAGCGGUGGAGGAUGGACUGGAGAAAAGGGGGAGGUAGAAGGGAAAGGAGAAGGAUCGGGAGGAGGAGGAGGAAGACGAUAUUUCGAAGAAGCUAUUGAGAAGCAAGGGAUGUUCUAG